AUGUUUCGCCGCGUUGAGGAUCCGAUGGUCGCCUUGCAGUCGGGGCCAGAGAACCGGGAAUCCCAGGCGGUGGAGAGAGUUGCUGGUUUGGCUGAAGUGUGUAGUUCGGCAGCUUGGCUGGGUGAAGUUGAGUGGCGCCGAAUCGUGCCCAUUGGCAUCUUGAUGGAGCGGUUUCGCCGCGUUGACGGCCUGAUGGUCGCUUUACAGUCGGCGCUAGAGAACCGGGAACCCGAUGCGGUGGGGAGAGUGGCUGUUCAGGACGAAGCGUGUAGUUUGGCAGGUUGGCUGGGUGGCGUUAAACCGAGCGGAAUCGUGGCAGGCGGUGCGUUGCGAAGUUGUGUGGCUUGUCAGCAUGGCGGGGAGAUGGAUGACGGCCGUUUGGGAGUUUCAUGCAGGGCAGGAGAGAUAAUGAGCCGAUGGGAAGGUGAACAAGUGGAGGUGUCGCGCCUACGGCGGCAGUGGGAUAGGAUGAUCGUUGGAGACAUCCUAGAUUGGAGCUGCGAUGUGCGUUGCGAAGUUGUGUGGCUUGUCAGCAUGGCGGGGAGAUGGAUGACGGCCGUUUGGGAGUUUCAUGCAGGGCAGGGUGAGCGCACCAUCGUGAGAGAGACGCUGAGGAAGUGGUUCUCGUUUCACAGUCCAGUUGGGAAGGCUGAGAAUCGACGCCUCGACGUGCGACUAGAGUCUUGGCGUGAGUGGUACAGCACUCAAUUGCGGAGGGAGGCUAUUCUUUCUUAG